AUUUCAGGGGCGGGCAGGCAAAAUAACAUCCUUCGAAGGGCUAUCGGACUCGUUGCCAUCGGGAAAUGGAUAGCGACGGGGAGGAAGAUGCAGUUGUAGAAAUCGGAAAUAUCCUUGAAGAUGUGGAUGACGAAACCUUGAUGGUGUUAGGUGGCAUCGAUGACAAGUCCGUUUGUACAUUCACAAGAGGUUAUGUGAAAAGACAGGGACUCUACACCUGUCGUACUUGUUUAGAUAUAAACGAAGUGAAAGCUGGAAUUUGUUAUCCUUGUUCCCUGGAGUGUCAUGCUGGCCAUGAUGUUGUCGAGCUAUACACCAAGCGAAAUUUCCGCUGUGACUGUGGCAAUGCUAAAUUUAGAGGGGCGCAUGGAUGCCUACUGUGGGAGGAAAAAGACGACGAAAAUAUUCUCAACCAUUAUGGCGAAAAUUUUUCCAACCGUUACUGCUCUUGUCUGCGUCCCUAUCCUGAUCCAGAUAACGGUAAUGUAGAAAUGAUACAGUGCGGUAUCUGUGAGGACUGGUAUCACUUGGAGCAUCUUAAUAUGGACCCUGAGUUCAAGGUACCUGAAGACUACGAUGAAAUGACAUGCUUCAUGUGUAUCCAAAAGUACACAUUUUUGUUUGUGGAAGCUUAUAACACUGUCGACGCAUUUCGCCAGAAUUGUCAAGUGGUCAUAAACAAUGGACACAUCGACAAUGCUGAGACAAAUUAUGUGCCUGGUUUAAAAAAGUUUAAAAAGUCUGAAUCCGAAGAGACUGCUGAUUCAAAAGACAACGCGAAUUGCCGCCUAUUGACCUGGGCUGACACAAUGGAUUGGCUUACUCCUGAAUUCCGAUACUCAUCUCUUGAGUUUCUAGGUACUGAAUGCAAAAGAAUACCGUCUGUAUUUUGGAAUGGUGGUUGGAGAGAAAGUCUUUGCAGGUGUGAAGAGUGCAAGAAAAUGUAUCAACACUUCAAACUGGAAUUUCUUUUGGACCCAGAGGACACAAUAACUGCCUAUAUGGAGUUAGGAAAACAAAAAGCUAAGUCAAUCGCUGAAGAAGAGAAACGUGCAUUAAAUGAAGUAUUGUCUGAGUGUCCACAUCAAGUGGCUGUGAAUUUUGCAACCGGGUAUGCAAGGCUGAAAAGUGCUUUGGAAGAAUUCCUUACAAAAAAAAGAGAUGAAUGCCAUGUUGUUACAGCGGAAGAAGUGAAUGCAUUUUUUGAAGACUUUCGUAAACGUAAUUCGUUAUAAUUGGGAUACGUAGAGAAGGAAAAUAACACGCAUUUUGUAAACUAAGAUUAUUUUAUGUACGCUUACGCUGUAUUGCAACAACUAGACUAUUUUGGAAAUAACUCCAAUAAUUAAACUGUUGCAUGAAGCAACUAAGCAUUUAAUAAACUAUGUUGCAUUCAUU